AUCUGAGGGGGGAGGGCACAUACCCCCUUGCCCCCCCCCCCCCUACGCCAGUGGUUGUUGACGUCAUCAAUGAUUUGACGUCACAUGAUUAUUACUGUAGCGUUUAUGGAACCGCUUGGAAGAUAGCCUAGCAUCUGACAGAUGUCUUUGGUGACCUUCCAUGAUUCCGCUGCAUACAGCAGCACACUCAGGACGUUGCUCUUGAACAGGCGAAUCUUGGUUCUUUUGCUGAUCUUGAUGGUCUUCCAGAUGUUCUUCAGUGCCGCAAAAGCCCCUCUUGCCUUGCUGAUCCUUGCCUUGACCUCAGAUGUAGAGUUUCCAUCUGUUGUCACCUUGGCCCCAAGAAAUGGAUUAAAAAGUUAUUUGGUGUGUCAUGAUGGGCCAGGACCCGGGUACGGAAUUCGUCUCUCCUUACACUGCAUCCUUAAUCUUCUUCCUCAUUACCAUGGCAACAGGUGUCUUUCUACGCACCCUCAACACGAUUGUGAGCCCUGCAUGGCUUCAAGAGUAUGUAGCCGAUUUUGUCACCACUGCAGAAUCAUGUGCAUACUUCUUUGAAAAUAACUUCGUCUAUAAAUACUAUGGAUCAGUUUGGUUCGCCAUCGUCAUCAUAUGCCAGUUCUAUGUCUGCACUCGUACUUUUGGAAAUGCUUCAGAUAACCCAGUGAAAGCUCUCACUCAGUUAGUAAACGCUGAAAUAACGCCAGAAAUAGCUGCGUUGAAAAUAGUUAUUCAGGCAUUAGCAGGUCUUGCAUCCUACAGAUUCGCCAAGGCAGUGUGGGCUCUAGACCUAAUCUGUGAUCAUCACGAGAGAUACUACGAGACUAUGUGUGCGUCUGAAUUGAAUGUCGCGCCCAUUGUGGGAUUUUUGAUCGAGAUGGCAGCAUCCCUAUCAAGAACAUGGUUGGGUAUGCAGCGUGUCUCUAGAGUGUCAUUAUUGGACGAAUUCAUCAAAUACAGCAAUGGCGCUCUCAUGAUGACCAUAGGACUCAACACCACAGGAAUGUGUUUCAACCCAGCCAUGGCUUCUGGUCAUACAUUCGGUUGCCAAGGAACGGCCGCAUGGGAAUAUUUGGUUGUUUAUUGGAUUGGACCAUUCUUAGGGUGCUAUGCUGCCAUCCUAUUAGACAGAAUUAUUCACAUAGACGUCGGUAGUACUGAAGAAUGAGAAGUAGAAGACGCAAUAACGGUUUUCUAAUAGACAUGUAACUCCUGUUUGUUUGAAUUUGUUUCCCAGGCGUUGGUGAACAUUUCUUUCCAAGGAUAUGUGUGCAAUGGAGAAAUGCACGUUGUAGCCAUAAUGGUUGUUCACAAUCGACUAGAAUACGCAUAGAACGAAAGAAAGAUGACAAAGUUAUGGUGCUACGGCUUUAAACUGAUGAAACUCUUUCUAAAGAAUUUUUUUCUUUUUACCUGUUAUUACCGCCACGAGUGUCGUCCCAUUACAUUCCAUUCCCCCAUACCUUUGUUAUUUAAUUAGCUUAUAUAUAUUUAUAUAAAUAAAAUACUUCUAGGUCUAUGUACAAUACAUGCAUUUUAUCUACCUGUAUCUAAUCAAAUUGUGAGACGUUGAUAAUGUCACUAAUAUUUAUUUCAGUAACGUUGUUUCCCAGUUUUAUAAUAAUAUCUGCUGAAGGUAUG